CCCAGUUCCAGUGCGAUGUAUUUACCAGCAGGAGUAAUGAACCAGUGGAGAGGAGAGGGGCAUUUUCCCGCAGCUUGCUGCUGAGACCGCAGAGGACUGGCGUUGGGAGAGGUUACAGAAACUUUCGGACCGCGGCUUGAAACGUCCCUCGUCAGGGUUUGGAUGCGUCGGGGGCCUGUUAUCCUCUUUCCAAAGCGUGACUUUGUCGCAAUUCGCUGGAAGUGAUUUAUUGAGCAAUGGUGAGAGGGGACUAAUUUUGCGGAAUUCAAGCUUAUACCUAUGAUUUCUUCCCAAACUUCCAUCCGAGGAAGGAGUGCUGAGCGGAAUCUUAUUUGUACUACAAAGUGACUUAGCCAGAGUGGUUUCAGCUGCCCUGCAUCACCACAGUCUGUAAUAAUGUUGGAGCCAACACACCAUAACUGGCCCCCUCGAUUCUGACCCAAAAUGGAGCUCAAGGUGUGGGUGGAUGGAGUACAGAGGGUUGUGUGUGGAGUAACUGAAGCAACCACCUGCCAGGAAGUGGUGAUUGCUUUGGCCCAGGCAAUAGGUCGCACAGGAAGAUACACUCUGGUAGAAAAAUGGCGGGAUACUGAGCGCCACCUAGCUCCUCACGAGAGCCCCGUGGCUUCUCUUAACACGUGGGGUCAGUAUGCUGGAGAUGUCCAGCUUAUACUGCUUCGCACUGGCCCCUCACUGACAGAGCGACCCCCCUCAGAAGGCCCCCCGCUCAGGGGACCUGAACGUGGGCUACAUCGACAGAGUCUCCCUCCUCUAGCAAAGCUUCGUCAUCCCAACGAUCGUUCUCUUCGCCGCCGUGAACCGCGCCGCAAGUCUCUCACUUUCACAGGUGCACCCAGGAGUCUCAGGGACAUUCUGAGCGGAGGCCGAAUCAGUGAGGCUGAGGGCAAGCGAAGAUUUUUAAUAGGAAAUGGUGUGAAUCACCUCCAUGCAGGGCCAGCCAUUGGCCCAGCUUCUCCUGGCCUGUGGGCUUCUCGCAUGGAAGAUCUGGUCAGACUGGUCAGCUUACAGAGAGAGACCUUGAAUGUGCUGGAAAAAAAGUUGGAGGCCUAUGAAGCUGAGCUCCAAGCCUGGGCUGAGGGACGAAGUGGGCGUGGUGGAGGGUUCACCGCGGACCUGAGUAGAGGUGGAGGGUUUAUAGAAGAGAUCCUGAGAUUAGAGAAGCACUUGAGGAAGAAUGAGGUGGAAAUGGAGGAAGAGGAGUUCUGGGCUACAGAGCUGCAGAUUGAGCUAGAAAGUGAGAGGCAACUAGAGGAAAGACUGGAGGAGCUACGAGGACGUCUGGAGGGCUGUGAGCUGGAAAUCAAAGAAAAGCUGGCAAUGGUACAGGGUGUAGAAGCAGGCCUGGAAGAGGAGAAGCUGCAGAGAGAGCGGCAGGAGACCCAGUGGGUCAGUGAGGCAGAGGCUCGAACUCAGGUCCUCAGAGUCAAGGCAGAGUUGAAGGCCCAAGAGAGGCAGGCUGUCCAGCUGGAGAGCAGCUGCAGAGCUGUGGACAGAUCACUUGGACAAAGCAGCAAGAAACUGCAGGACAUGCAGCAUGAGCUGGAGCAGCUGACCAAGGAGCUGAGGCAGGUUAACCUGCAGCAGUUCAUAAAGCAGACUGGAACCAAGGUCACAGUGCUGCCAGCUGAACCCACUGAGGAUGACACUACCAACAGUCGUGGAAUAGAGUUAGUCCCACUGACUGGCUCGUUGAAGCGUCCUGUGUCGUCCCACCGAAUGUCCAGUCAUCUCCGUGUCCUCCACAGCCCCCUCAGCUCUGGCCUCAACCCAGAGGGGAUCUAUGUGUGACUCUGAUGAACUGGUGUGUGAGUCAGUAUCUAAUUACAGAAUAUCUCCAUAGCACACAACUAUGCAUUUUUUAAGUAAUUGAAAGCAUUAGUUUGAAGAAACAAUCUGAAUGGAAGUAAUGGAGCACUUAAUGGGCCGAAUAAUAUUAUAACAAAAAAUAAAAGCAACAGCUCUGUGUGUCUGAACAUGUUAGUCUGGCUGUUGUAGACUCCCUAUGUAAACAUAUCCACUUGAUGUACUUUGACUCUUACUUUAGUACCUGCUGGAUGAUUUGUAUUCUGCUCUCCUUAGCAUCUUGUUUCUAAAUCUUUGCCUUUUGAACAGUAUUCUUGAGAAUCUUGGUAAUGAAUCUUCCAGCAUUAUGACUGAUUCUUGUGUAAGUGAAGGACCCUCUUGUGUUUGUAGUAAAACUGUGAACCAUCUAUUUCUGUGCUCUGUUUGUUCAAGUUAAAACUAUGCACAUAUGAUUAAUGAUUUUUGUUACUCACUCAAAUGAUUGCUUACUGUAAACAUUUAUUUUUUAAGCUGUACUUGAUGAGCUAGUAUAUUUUACGACAAAGCGGUGCAUAUCCCAAACCCCAACCCUCCAUUCCUGCAGUAAUUGCUGCAUAUUAAAACAGUGUUAAUUAUACUCUUUAACUGAUUUUUUGUUCACGACUACACAGUAUAUUUUGAAUGUAUGCUUGUUUUUCUUCAGUAUCGUGUGGCCAAAGAUUAGCAGGUCUUGUUGCAUGAUUGUGUUGGCCAUAUACGAAUGUGCAGGGUUUCCACAGUGCAGUAAAUCAGUUCGUUGAUCUAAAAUUCCAGCAUGUAAUCACAGAAUGGACUGUUGCAGCUACAGUGUGUAACAGAAAGUGAUUAAGCUAUGGAAAUAGCUUGUGUGUUUGUCUGCAUGUGUGCACACACAGACUAGUUAAGGUUUGAAGCAUCUCUAGACUGUAGAUCAACUAUGUUUUGUGUGUCUGUGUAGAAUCAGAUUAGCCAAGUUUGAAGCCUCUAUUAGUUUGUAGUUGAGCUGCUAAACGCAUCCAAGUGCCUUAUAUUCAUUCCACAAAUAAUUCGUGUAUUGAAAUAAUGUACAGUAAAGACCUAGCGGGGACACUGAAGGAAUGAUUAUAGCUAGGUAAAAUCAUGUCAGUAGAUAUUAGAGCUCAACUGCGACAAAUGACAAAAGCACGAUGACAAAUAGUUUUUUCUGUCAACUUUUUUAGAAAUGUCAACAGAAAGAACACACUUGUUUUGCUCUAUAACUUGCCACUGUGUUGUUGUUACCAUAAUACCAUGUGCUGUAAAAUGUACUAACAUUUUUUUUUUUUUGUCUAGUGCAACAAAUGUGUACCACUGUUUUGAUCAAUACUGUCACAUAGUUGUGGUUACUGUUUACAACUGCAUAUCCUCUAGAAAACUCUAAGAUGUCGACUGUACAUAACCUAUUUUUAUUUUUUCUUGCCUUAAUAUACUGCAAAGUGUUGACAGGUGUGUAUGGCUGUAUGAUAUGGAUUGCAUUGUUCAAUAAACCAUCUGACAUA